GAAAAAAACAUAUAUAUAUAACGAUCUGCAUUCAUUAAGCUCCCUCCCUCCGUCCUCGCGUGCUUCUUCGUCUCCGAUUCGUGUUUGUAUGUUUCCGUUGCUACUAUAAUAAGGUCGCAGAGAAAAGCACCGGAAACUAGCCAUCAUGGUGCACGUCUCUUUUUACCGCAACUAUGGGAAAACCUUCAAGAAACCAAGACGUCCCUAUGAGAAGGAGCGUUUGGAUGCUGAGUUGAAGCUUGUUGGAGAGUAUGGGCUCCGUUGUAAGAGAGAGCUUUGGAGGGUUCAGUAUGCAUUGAGCCGCAUUCGUAAUGCAGCAAGAAUGCUUCUCACCCUUGAUGAAAAAAACCCACGACGUAUUUUUGAGGGUGAAGCCCUUCUCAGGAGGAUGAAUAGGUAUGGACUUUUAGAUGAGAGUCAGAACAAACUUGAUUAUGUGUUGGCCUUGACUGUGGAGAACUUUCUUGAGCGCCGUCUCCAAACUCUCGUGUUCAAGUCAGGGAUGGCCAAGUCAAUCCAUCAUGCCAGAGUGCUUAUCAGGCAAAGGCACAUUAGGGUAGGGAGACAGGUGGUUAACAUUCCCUCUUUUAUGGUGAGGGUGGACUCACAAAAGCACAUUGAUUUCUCACUUACAAGUCCCUUUGGUGGUGGACGCCCUGGCAGAGUGAAGAGAAAGAAUCAAAGGGCUGCUAACAAGAAGAGUUCUGGUGGUGAUGGGGAUGAAGAAGAUGAAGAGUGAGCUGUGACGUCCUGCAAUAGCAACUAAUGGUUUUGUUAGGGAGCAUUCCUAAAGAGUUUUUCUUAUUGACCUUUCCUUUCAUUUUCUGUCAUUAUAUGAUGGCUUUUUGAGGAGCUUUAAUGUUAGCAAGCAAUUCUGAUUCUUUUUUUGUUCUUUUUUUGCCAGUUAAUUAGUUGCUUUGUUAUUGUUGAUGGUCUAAGAUGGCCUGGCUUGAAGUGAAGUCUUUUCUUUUAA